AUGGCCGACUUUACCUCAUUCUGUCAACAAAUCAACUGCUCACGCGCCAGAAACCUUGCCACAUCAGUCAUGGGCGUCAACGGACUCCCAGGAGAGAUAAAGAACGCGACGGGCAUUGCGCCGGCGAAAAUGAACGGCAAAGAAUUUCACGUCGACAUGAACGGUACCUACUACGGGUUGAUGAAGGCGCGAGCCUACUCUGUCGUACAAAAAUACACGACCACGCUGACGCGCGACACCGAGCCCGCUAACCUGCACAUGCCACAGAUGGAGGAUGCGCCAGAGCGACCCGAGUCGACAGACUCGGCCUCCCCAGACCCGAACGAUGCCCAGGCGGACCUUCUGAGACGUGCGAACAUGCUCUUUGGUCUCAAAGAUAAGCUUGCUAUGGUGACGAGUGGACCCAACAGCCCCGACUCUGUCGUCGUUGACAAAGAUGGGAUGUUACAGGAUGGCACGGACCAACAGAGAGUUAUGUUCUUCGGUCACAUUGCAGAUGAACUGUACAGGAAGCUUUCUCAGUUCUGUACUCCCGAAGACGAAUCUGUCACCCUUCACUUCGAUGGAGAGCCAUCCAUUCAGAAACAGGCGGAGCACCGAGCUCGCGACGACAAGCUGCGUAAGGGCACCGACGCACUUCACCAAGCAAUCGAACAAGCACGUGUGGUGGGUGGAUCUCGUCGAAAGGCUGCUUACAAACGGUGCAGGAAUCUCUACAAGCCAACAACCGUAAUUCAAGGAGAAGUUAUAGCGGAGUUGAUCAAAAAGUACGACUGCCAUGUAUGCCUUUGCCGCUUUCAGUCGGAUACUUGCAUUGCCAAGCUUUGUGCCCAGUCUCCAAAUCCCCAGGACAUCAUUGUUGUCUCCGGUGAUUCGGACUUGAUUUGUUUCGGGGCUGUGCCGAGAGUGUUGUAUCCGAUCGGCAAGUCAAGAGAGCUCACUCUUUUCGAAAAGGAUGCGAUUUUGGAGGUCCUCGAUUUGCCUUCGGAGCGGCAUUUACUACUCGCGGCUGUUGUGACGGGCAACGACUACACUCGAGGGGUGCCAUAUUUCGGGAUCAAGAAGAACUGCGAGAUUAUUCGGGAAAUGGAGCUACCCGGCUCUGACGUCGAAUCGUUUCGUUGGUACGUCCACGAGUUUCUCGUUCGAGUGCGACACCAGCUUCUUUCCGAGAGAGUCCCUCGGAAGAAACGAAAACGAAUCGACUCGCAGCUAUCGGCUACGGUUGAAGACUUCGACCAUGCUUUAUCUGCCUUUGUGGGCGUCCAGGAAGAUGCCGUAUCCUCCGUUGAUCAGAGCCCACACCCCCAGCCCUUUACCAGUCAACAGCACACAUCGAUUGAGCAGGGAGGGCAGCGAGGCUGUAAUGCGCACGAGAUUGUCAUGAGGGCCCUGCUCGAUCUUGAGUACCAGAAGGUUGCAGAGGUUCAGGCACGUGCGGCAAUGGGAUUCACACCACCGAUGGAGGACAAGAGGCCAGCUCCCAAAAAGAAUGUAAAUCGGACCAGGACAGCGAAAACGCAGCGAGCUCGCCGGGAGGCAGCGAAAAGGAACAGGAAACGUAAAAAAUGGAAGAAAUCCAGGUUCAAGUCUCGCACUGACAAUCAGGUUCGGUACUCUCCCCACAGGGUCAGUGAUCCGUCGACAGCCACCCCUGUUUCUGAUAAUCAACUGUCGACAAUGUCCCCGUCACAACCAAAAAAGCGACCCGUCGACAAGCAGCCCAAGGCUGUUGAAGAUUCGCCUUCAGCAUCCUCGUCAUCGUCGACAGACCACUCGUCGAAGAACAAAAGACGGAAGGCGUCAUCCAAGAAAAAACUCGCGAGACCACGCGACAUCGAUGCAACCCCAACAGCACCAAAACUCAAGGACGCUUUCAAGUUUGCUUUUCCGACGAUAACCCAGACAGUUGGUUCCUUGAAAGGAUGCCUGCGCCGUAGCCUUCGACCCCUCGGGAUCUCUGAUGACCAAGUCGACACCAUUGCGAGCCGCCUGGAGAAGGCCACGAGCCUGAUCAAUGAAGCUCGUCCCCACGUGUUCAGGAUGAUACAGCUGUUUUUACUGGAAGAAGUCACAACAGCGUUUAGCCCGCAAGGAGCCUCAGGGGAGACGAAUGUCGAUCUGCUGGACCUGGUGAUGAACAAGGCUUCCGGUCAGAUGUUCAUCCGUGGAUUAAUGUCGUUGGCCUUGAAUGGAAAGAUUGUUGAGAAAAAGUGCAAGAAGUCCGAGUCCAUCCGUGCUCGAGAGCUCGCACAGAGGGUCUAUGCCCGAUACAAGACGAUCAUUCCCCACUUUUCGCCCAUUAACACUACCGACAUCCCCCUGGGCGACAUGCAGAUGGAGUUUGGACUUGCCACGAUGAUGGUAAAACUGGGAUGGAGCAAAGACAUCAUACCUCUCGUUGACGGAGACGUGCCUCCUGAAGCCCAACGACAGCAGGACAACGACGCUCUAGACGAAUCUCCAACGACUGCGCCCCUGGGAUCAGACGAAUAUGCGGCCGACGACGACGGAUGCUACAAGUUCAAGGCGGGCUUUCUCAGGGAUUGGUGGGACCACUUACUCUCGCUACCUGCAGAGAAGCGACCUGUGUUCUGUCCUCAGCCGAAGCUUCGGGAUGCGUUUGUGAUGAUACCGGAGCGAGCAGUGUGGAGAAUUCUAUGGGGAGGAACUGCGAGGAACAAUCCAGCCAAGACGAUCGUGGAGACGAUUUUGAGUCGCGCGGAGGCGUCGGAUUGUGUUGAUUCGGACUAUGGAAAAGUGCUUGAGACGCUUUUCUAUGGGCGAAGAAGACCCGUUGGCCACGACAACGACGGAGGACCAGACCUGAGACGGACACCCUACGCAAAACGGACGACAAGAAUGGCAGAACUUGCGGAAGGUGAUCCUUCUAGGUUUGGUUAUCGGUCAUUGCAGGACUACUGUAACAGGAAGCUGGCCUACCUUCGAGUUGCUGCGAACUGUCGGGAUGAAGGAGUACCAUGUACGCAAUCACCGCCAGAGUUUCCCGCCAACCCCUGUACAAAAUCACGCUAUGCUUUGAACAAUAUGAUUCGAAGUAACGGCUUGGAGCUGCAGGUCCUCGCCUACGACACCAAACACGAGCCACAUGGAGCCCUGGACCCAGUCAUGCGUAUCGAAAAAGUAUUACCUGACGAGGACGCUAUCGCCAGGAUAUUCCAGGGGAAAAUACCAAAGUGUCGCGGGUGGGACCCUGGGGAGUUGGUGACGGCGGCUUUAUGUCUGAUCGAGCACGAACGUGAGUGGAAUGGAGCACCAGACCCUGGGGAUCCACCUGUGACCAACCUAAUGAUACGUCGAGCAGCUUUAUACUCUCCCACCACUGCAGCUCGAUCCGAAAGAGAGAGAGUCAAAAACAGGAAGCUUCGAGUGGUGCCGGGCGAGAGUAUCGAUGGAGGAAUUUGGGCGAGGGGUGUCGAUCCAAAGGGAGCCAGGACAGACGUACAGUCCAUUCAGGAGAUCGAAAGCUGCUUGCCCCCAAAAGGCCAAGUAACCGUGGAGGAUUUCGAGGAUGCUGUUCGUGUUAGAGUGUCUACGGAGCCCUUGCUUCGGGAGUUUGAAGGCUCACUACACAUGAAAAAAGCCGCCUGGGAGGAGAAGAAAGCCGUUCGUGCCGAACUGGAUAUGGCUGUGGCUGCAAUCCUACGCCUUUGUGGACCGGAGCCGUGUCUUAUUGCUAUUGGCAACGGCAAGUUUCGAACGGGGAUAAACUUGGCUUCCAAGCAUGAGACAUUGCAGAGUCAUUUUGCCAAGAAGGCGCGAGCACAUGGCCACCUUGUCGUUUUGGUUGAUGAAUACCUGUCCUCGACCGUUUGCCCAGCUUGCACUGCCCGAGGAGAGACCUCCAGGAUGGCAAAGCCGACUUCAAGAUCUUGUGUCUGCCUCGCCUGUGGUCGAUGGAUCAACAGGGACUCGGUCAUUGAAGAUGUUCCCCAUUCCGACUACUUCAAAGGACUGAAACCCGCAGAGAUCAACCACAUCGCCUACUUCAAACAUUGCGACGCGUCAUAUACUCAGAAACAGUACCACCAAAACCUAUGGAUGGGAACAAUCUUGCCAAUCAUCGAAGGCACGACGAUUCAGCGCGUUGCUGAUCAGCACACACGGCUGAAUCAGGAGUGGAAGGUAAAGGCAGAGACCGACAGGUUCUGGAGCAGUGUCAUGAAUGAUGAGCUGGAGGCCAAGGCGAGGGCAAACAACAAGCGCCAGAUUACCGCCCUGCGUGAGCAUGUGGUCAACCAGCUGGAGAACACUUACGGGUACUACAGCAAGCGAACAAGGAUCCUGAACAGCUUCAAGGGUACAGAGUCCACCAGCUCCUCGACCGACCCCACCUUCAACACAGACGACCUGUCGGAUAGGAGCACAGAAGAAGAUGAUGCGCCCGUGACCCUCAGUCGACUCGUAGGCCCAGGGACCUUGUCUUCCAAGCUGUCGCGUAAGUCCCUUUAUUACAAGGGCAACGUCUGUAUCUCGCAGAAGCUGAUGACCUACCGCCAUAAGCAGGUCGAGGACGAGUCCUUUCUGCAGGACCCACAGGUGGACAACAUCCUCGCAUUGAAUUUCAUUUUUCACGCUGAGUUUCCACGAGAUUUGCGAGCGAGUGAGAAGGCUCGAUGGGAGUGCACUCUCGAGCAGGCCGACAUGACCCUUAUCAUGGACAUUGCCGUGAUGUGCUCGAUGCAAGAGCGAGCCGAGGCCCUAAAAUAA